GUAAUGGCGUCUUCCUCCUGGCUCCCCGUGGUGGUGUGCGCGCUGGUGCUGCUGCAGGCGGUGCCGGCGGCGCGCGCCGCCCGCGCCUUCUUCGUGUUCGGCGACUCGCUGGUGGAUAACGGCAACAACAACUACCUGGUCACGACGGCGCGCGCCGACUCGUGGCCGUACGGCAUCGACACUCCCGAUCACCGCGCCACCGGGCGCUUCUCCAACGGCAAGAACGUGCCCGACCUUAUCAGCGAGUCCCUGGGGUCUGAGCCGGUGCUGCCGUACCUUAGCCCGGAGCUGGACGGCGACAAGCUGCUGGUCGGCGCCAACUUCGCUUCCGCCGGCAUCGGGAUCCUCAACGACACCGGCAUCCAAUUCGCGAACAUCAUCCGCAUCUCGAAGCAGCUGACCUACUUCGAGCAGUACCAGCACCGACUGGCCAAGCUCAUCGGCCCCGACCAGGCGGCGCGCGUCGUGGCCAGCGCUCUGACGCUCAUCACCCUGGGCGGCAACGACUUCGUGAACAAUUACUACCUCAUCCCCUACUCCGUGCGCUCCCGGGAGUUCUCCCUGCCGGACUACAUCAAGUACAUCCUCUCCGAGUACAAGCAGGUGCUCCGCCGCAUCCACGGCCUGGGCGCGCGCCGCAUCCUGGUCACCGGCGUCGGCCCCAUCGGCUGCGUUCCCGCCGAGCUGGCCCUGCACAGCCUCGACGGCCGCUGCGACCCGGAGCUGCAGCGCGCGUCCGAGGCCUACAACCCGCAGCUGGAGGCCAUGCUCGCCGAGCUCAACGCCGAGGUCGGCAACGGCGCCGGAGGGAACGGGCCGGUGUACGUCGGGGUGAACACCAGGCGGAUGCACGCCGACUUCAUCGACGACCCGCGCGCGCACGGCUUCGUCACGGCCAGCGUGGCGUGCUGCGGGCAGGGACCCUACAACGGGAUCGGGAUCUGCACCAUGGUGUCGAGCUUGUGCGCCGACAGGGACCAGUACGUGUUCUGGGACGCCUUCCACCCCACGGAGCGCGCCAACAGGCUCAUCGCGCAGCAGUACGUCUCCGGCACCACCGACUACAUCUCCCCCAUGAACCUCUCCACCAUCAUCAAGCUCGACCGCCACCUCCACGACUGA